UUUCAUUUGAACUAUCACAGCUUCAACAUGAAGAUUUUCCUUUUCGCCGCUCUUCUCGCCGUUGCUGCCGCUGGUGGAGUAUACCAAAAGGACCCCUACGCCAAGGAUGGCUACCAGUCGAUGAACUACGGUCAGGACUACAAAAAAGACAACAAGCAAGACUACAGCAUGGAUUACAAUCAAAACAAGAAAGAUUAUGCUCCAGACGAUUAUAAUGUUCCGACACCCUACCACUUCGCCUAUGAAGUAAAGGAUGGCCCUUCGUACAACGACUUUGGCCAAAAAGAGACUGGUGACGGCUAUGGAAACGUUAAAGGUUCCUAUUUCGUCUAUCUUCCCGAUGGCACCACUCAAACUGUCACCUACAAGGCCGAUUCUUACGGAUACGUCGCUGACGUGCAAUAUACCGGAGAACCCAAGUACGGCGACAACUAUGCCCCUGCUCCAUACAAGGGUGCUCCUUCUUACCCUCCACCCACCCCUUCAUACAAGGCUGAAUACCCACCAAGCUACCCAAAUACUCCGUACAUGACAGAUAAAUACCCACCAACCUAUCCAUCUACUCCGUACAUGAAGGAUAAAUACCCACCAACCUAUCCAUCUACUCCGUACAUGACGGAUAAAUACCCACCAACCUAUCCAUCUACUCCGUACAUGAUGGAUAAAUACCCAACUCCAUCUGCUUAUCCAACGACCCCUUACCAAAACGAUUACAAACCACCCAGAAAGUACUAAUCCAGUACUAAGCCAUAUGCCGUGCCUCUGCUGACGACCAAUUCUUGUACAACAUAUUUUAUUCGCACCAACAUAAUUAUUUUAUAUGAAGACUAAGAAAUAUAUAGAAUUAUUGAACAUA